AUGCUCUGUGCAAGGCCAGAGGCGGUGGUGCUCCUGGGAGCUCUGCUGACUACAUCCCUGGAUCCAGCGGGCGGCCAGGACUCAACUGCACUGUCCUGGGAAGUGCAGCGCUACGACGGCUGGUUCAACAACCUGAGGCAUCACGAGCUUGGCGCAGCCGGCUUCCGACUGCAGCGCCUGGUACCGGCCAAUUACGCGGAUGGCGUUUAUCAGGCUCUGGGGGAGCCGCUGCUGCCCAACUCGCGCCGACUCAGCGACGCCGCCAUGCGGGGCACAGCCGGGCAGGCCUCCCGCCGCAACCGCACAGUGUUGGGGGUCUUCUUUGGCUACCACGUGCUGUCCGACCUGGUGAGCGUGGAGACACCUGGCUGCCCCGCCGAGUUCCUCAACAUCCACAUCCCUCCCGGGGACCCGGUGUUCGACCCCGACCAGCGCGGGGACGUGGUCCUACCCUUCCAGAGGAGCCGCUGGGACCCCGAGACCGGACAGAGCCCCAGUAACCCCCGGGACCUGACCAACGAGGUGACGGGCUGGCUGGACGGCAGCGCCAUCUAUGGCUCCUCGCACUCGUGGAGCGACGCGCUGCGCAGCUUCUCCGGGGGGCAGCUGGCGUCGGGGCCCGACCCCGCCUUCCCCCGCAACGCGCAAAGCCCCCUGCUCAUGUGGACGGCGCCCGACCCCGCCACGGGACAGCGCGGGCCCCGGGGGCUGUAUGCCUUCGGCGCGGAGCGAGGGAACCGCGACCCCUUCCUGCAGGCGCUGGGCCUGCUGUGGUUCCGCUACCACAACCUGUGCGCGCAGCGGCUGGCCCGCGAGCACCCGCGCUGGGGGGACGAGGAGCUGUUCCAGCACGCGCGCAAGAGGGUCAUCGCCACCUACCAGAACAUCGCUCUGUAUGAGUGGCUACCCAGCUUCCUGCAGAAGACACCCCCAGAAUAUACAGGGUACCGUUCUUUCCUGGACCCCAGCAUCUCCCCAGAGUUCCUGGCGGCCUCUGAGCAGUUCUUCUCCACCAUGGUGCCUCCUGGCGUCUACAUGAGAAAUGCCAGCUGUCACUUCCAGAUGGUCCUGAACCAGGGUGUCGGCAACUCCCCAGCUCUUAGGGUCUGCAACAGCUACUGGAUUCGGGAGAACGCGAAUCUGAACAGUGCCCAGGCAGUGAAUCACCUGCUGCUGGGAAUGGCCUCCCAGAUUUCGGAGCUGGAGGACAGGAUAGUGGUUGAAGAUCUAAGGGAUUAUUGGCCUGGCCCUGGCAAGUUCUCCCGCACAGACUACGUGGCCAGCAGCAUCCAACGUGGCCGAGAUAUGGGGUUGCCCAGCUAUACCCAAGCCCUGAAGGCAUUGGGAUUGGAGACCCCAAAGAACUGGAGUGACAUCAACCUCAAUGUGAACCCCCAGGUGCUGGAGGCCACAGCUGCCCUGUACAACCAGGACCUGUCCCAGCUGGAGCUGCUCCCUGGGGGGCUCCUGGAGAGCCACGGGGACCCCGGGCCCCUCUUCAGUGCCAUCGUCCUUGACCAGUUUGUGCGGCUGCGGGAUGGUGACCGCUACUGGUUUGAGAACACCAAGAAUGGGCUGUUCUCCAAAGAGGAAAUUGCAGAAAUCAGAAACACCACUUUUUGGGAUGUGCUAGUGGCUGUUACCAAUGUGGACCCCAGUGCCCUGCAGCCCAAUGUCUUUAUCUGGCAUGAUGGUGCGCCCUGCCCUCAGCCUCGGCAGCUCACAACUGAAGGCUUGCCCCGCUGUGUGCCCCUGACCGUGACUGACUACUUCGAAGGCAGUGGUCCUGGUUUUGGCAUCACCAUUGUGGCUCUCUGCUGUCUUCCGUUAGUAAGUCUGCUUAUCUCUGGGGUGGUGGCCCAUUUCCGGGGCCGAGAGCGCAAGAGGAUACAGAAGAAAGGCAAAGAGAGUGUGAAGAAGGAACCAGCCAAAGAUGGGCUGUCAGCGAUGGAGUGGCCAGGCCCCAGGGAGAAGAGCUAUCCCAUUACCAUCCAGCUGCUCCCAGACCGAUGUCUACAGGUCCUGGACAGGCGGCUGUCUGUGCUCCGUACCGUCCAGCUGCAGCCCACACAGAAGGUCAACCUCAUCCUGUCCAGCAACCGUGGGCGCCACACCCUGCUCCUCAAGAUUCCCAAGGAGUAUGACCUGGUGCUGCUGUUUAACUCUGAGGAGGAGCGGGGCACCUUUGUCCAGCAUCUGCGGGACUUCUGUGUGCAGUGGACUCUGGGCCUUGAAGUGACUGAGAUGGGAGAGAAUGAACUAUUCAGGAGGGCUGUGACCAAGCAGCAGCGGGCGUGUAUCCUGGAGAUCUUCUUCAGACACCUCUUUGCCCAGGUGCUAGACAUCGACCAGGCAGACGCAGGGACCCUGCCCCUGGACUCCUCACAGAAGGUGCGGGAGGCCCUGACUUGUGAGCUGAGCAGAGCUGAGUUUGCUGAGUCCCUUGGCCUCAAGCCCCAGGACAUGUUUGUGGAGUCCAUGUUCUCUCUUGCUGACAAAGAUGGCAAUGGCUACCUGUCAUUCCGGGAGUUUCUGGACAUCCUUGUGGUCUUCAUGAAAGGCUCCCCAGAGGACAAGUCCCACCUGAUGUUCACCAUGUAUGACCUUGAUGGAAAUGGCUUCCUCUCCAAGGAUGAAUUCUUCACCAUGAUGCGGUCCUUCAUCGAGAUCUCCAACAACUGCCUGUCCAAGGCCCAGCUGACUGAGGUGGUGGAGUCCAUGUUCCGGGAGUCGGGCUUCCAGGACAAGGAGGAGCUCACGUGGGAGGAUUUCCACUUCAUGCUGCGGGACCACGACAGCGAGCUCCGUUUCACGCAGCUCUGCGUCAGAGGUGGGGGUGGAGGUACGUGAGUAUGUGAGAAAUGGUAGGCAUCGGGGAGGGGUUUUGGAGACACCUUUAAACCAAACAUCGGCUGUCGAGUCUCAUUCAUCACUCGGACACCUGGGGAACGAUCCUGCUCCCAGGAACUAGGGCUCCCUGCCUUAGAAGCCUCAGAGCUGGGAGGCCCUGGGCUGAAGAAGAGGUUUGGCAAAAAGACAGUGGUGCCCCCUCCCCGGCUAUACACAGAAGCACUGAAGGAGAAGAUGCAGCGGGGUCUCCUGGCCCAGAAGCUGCGGCAGUACAAGCGCUUUGUGGAGAACUACCUGCGGCACAUCAUGUGUGUGGCGGUCUUCUCCGCCAUCUGUGCUGGCUUGUUUGCAGAGCGCGCCUACUAUUAUGCCUUUGCCUCACCACCCUCGGGCAUCGCAGAGACCACUUUUGUGGGCAUCAUCCUGUCCCGGGGCACGGCCGCCAGCAUCUCCUUCAUGUUCUCCUACAUCCUGCUCACCAUGUGCCGCAACCUCAUCACCUUCCUGCGAGAGACCUUCCUCAACCGCUACAUACCCUUCGACGCCGCCGUGGACUUCCAUCGCUGGAUCGCCAUGGCUGCUGUUGUCCUGGCCAUUUUGCACAGUGCUGGCCAUGCAGUCAAUGUCUUCAUCUUCUCAGUCAGCCCCCUCAGCCUGUUGGCCUGCAUCUUCCCCAACGUCUUUGUGAAUGAUGGGUCCCAGCUUCCCCAAAAGUUCUACUGGUGGUUCUUCGAGACGAUCCCAGGUAUGACAGGAGUGCUCCUGCUCGUGGUCCUGGCCAUCAUGUACGUCUUCGCCUCCCACCACUUCCGGCGCCGUAGCUUCCGGGGCUUCUGGGUGACCCACCACUUCUACAUCCUGUUCUACGUGUUGCUCAUCAUCCAUGGCAGCUUCAGCCUGAUCCAGCUGCCCCGUUUCCACAUCUACUUCCUGGUCCCGGCACUAAUCUAUGGGGGGGACAAGUUGGUGAGCCUGAGCCGGAAGAAGGUGGAGAUCAGCGUGGUAAAGGCGGAUCUGCUACCUUCAGGAGUGACCCACCUGCGAUUCCAGCGGCCCCAAGGCUUUGAGUACAAGUCAGGACAGUGGGUGCGGAUCGCCUGUCUGACUCUGGGGACCAACGAGUAUCACCCAUUCACACUGACUUCUGCACCCCACGAAGACACGCUCAGCCUGCACAUCCGGGCAGUGGGGCCCUGGACCACUCGCCUCAGGGAGAUCUACUCACCUCCAGUGGGUGACGGCUGUGCCAGAUACCCAAAGCUGUACCUCGAUGGACCAUUUGGAGAGGGCCACCAGGAGUGGCAUAAGUUUGAGGUGUCAGUGCUGGUGGGAGGGGGCAUUGGGGUCACGCCCUUUGCCUCCAUCCUCAAAGACCUGGUCUUCAAGUCAUCAUUGGGCAGCCAAAUGCUCUGUAAGAAGAUCUACUUCAUCUGGGUGACACGGACCCAGCGGCAGUUUGAGUGGCUGGCUGACAUCAUCCGGGAGGUGGAGGAGAAUGACUGCCAGGACCUGGUGUCCGUGCACAUCUACAUCACCCAGCUGGCUGAGAAGUUUGACCUCAGGACCACCAUGCUGUACAUCUGUGAGCGGCACUUCCAGAAGGUGCUGAACCGGAGUCUGUUCACGGGCCUGCGCUCCAUCACCCACUUUGGCCGCCCCCCCUUUGAGCUCUUCUUCAAGUCCCUGCAGGAGGUCCACCCCCAGGUACGGAAGAUUGGGGUGUUCAGCUGUGGCCCUCCAGGAAUGACCAAGAAUGUAGAGAAGGCCUGUCAGCUCAUCAACAGGCAGGACCAGGCCCACUUCAUGCAUCACUAUGAAAACUUCUGA